CCAAUGGAAAAUUGUUCAAAGCUGACAUAUUGCUUUCUAUGGACAAUUGUGGACCGAGAAUGUGUGUUGGAUAUUGUUUUAUACAUUCUGGAUGCGUUGCAAUACAUUAUAAUGCUAAACAUUUGGUGUGUCGUUUGUUGUCAAGAGCUGUUAUUUGUAAAAACAAGAAGUAUAGGAAAAGGAAAAGAUUUAUGUUUGCAGACAUCAAAGAUUGGACAAUGGAUGAAAGUUUAUGUUCGCCUAAUCCAUGUAAAAUGCACCAGAAAUGUGUCAUGGUAGACCAAAUGUAUCAGAUUUGUGUCCGUUUCCAGCCGACAAUUGCGCAUAUACAGGAAACAGAAGAAAUCACCACUAACACUGCAGAAAUUUCUAGAACUAGUAAAGAACCGGAAACUAACACAAAAGCGGGUAGUACAAGUAUAGAAAUACUCAGUACCAGUAACAUUCCUAGUGGUUUCAAUACAUUACAAGCCGAAAUGGUGACUUACAUUGAAUGCGAGGAAUAUAGGACCAACGACGGCGACGCGAAUGAGGACGACACCAUGAUAUACAAUGGUACGACUGACGGCUACAUCAUGGCUGCGACAAAUUUAUCCACAUCUUGGAUCUCGGAGACCACUAUUACUAAUAAUGGUACAAUUGAAACAGAAACGACUACUAAAUAGACUUAUGUAUGCUAACAUU